UGGCAGUACCAAAAUUGAUAACAGUCAACAACAGCCUCUAUACUGAUAAUUCGGACAUGGUCAACCUAAAAACAAUAAUGUGAAUUUCAAGAUUUAUGUUCUGAUUCAGUCCCGUGACAUUCGGGAAAAAUACCUGUCAAAAUGAAUGAAAAACUUUUAACGUUCCUUUGCCUAGUAAUGAACGUUUUUUUUUCCAUAGUGAUCGUGAUACUUAACAAAAUGCUUUAUAUUCGUGUUGGUUUCCCAAACAUAACUCUAUCCAUGAUACACUUCAUUGUUACCUUUUUUGGGUUGAUUGUAUGCGAAAAAGUUGAUGUAUUUUGUAUAAAAGAUGUGGCCGUUAAAGGAAUGGUUCCUAUUGCUCUGACGUUCUGUGGAUUUGUUGUACUUACAAACCUCAGCCUUGAACAUAACACCAUCGGAACUUAUCAAGUGGCUAAGAUGCUGACUACACCCUGCGUUAUAGUUAUGCAGGCAAUAUUUUAUCAGAAAAAAUUUAGCAUCCUUGUUAAGCUCACUCUGAUCCCUAUAAUAUUAGGAGUGAUAAUUAACUUCUAUUAUGACAUCAGAUUCAAUAUUCUUGGAACUAUUUAUGCCAUCCUAGGUGUACUUGUGACAUCUCUAUACCAAGUUUGGGUCAACAGCAAACAAAAAGAGUUUCAAAUGGAUCCAAUGCAGCUCCUUUAUUAUCAAGCGCCACUAUCUGCAGCUAUGCUAUUUUUAGUUGUACCUUUUUUGGAACCUGUUGGUAACACGUUGAACCAUUCAUGGACAUUUACAGACAUUCUGUUGAUAUUAUUGUCAAGUAUUAUUGCAUUUUUUGUCAACUUGACGUCUUACUGGAUAAUUGGAUACACAUCCCCACUGACGUACAAUAUGGUUGGACACUCUAAAUUUUGCUUACUUUUACUCGGCGGUUCCAUUAUCUUUCAUGAAUCGCUGGCCUUGAAUCAAGCUAUAGGAAUCACUUUAACUCUAAUUGGAAUCGUUUUCUAUGCUCGGGUUAAGAUGAAAGACAGCGAUCAGAGGAAACUGCAUAUGACAUUAGAGGAAGGCAAACAACUUUAUAAGAAUUAACAAUGUACAAAAUAUAUUUAUGAAACAAA